AUGCAUGGCCACCCGGGAUACCCGAUGAACCCCUCCCCCUUUGCCCCCGGACAGCCAUAUCCCCCCUCACAUCAGGGCGCGCCGCCUCAGUCGGCCAUGUCUCCUACCUAUCAUUAUCCGAUCCAUCCUCAGGCGUAUCCUCCGCCCUACGUCUACCCGGGCUACCCUCCCACCGCGCAGCAGAUGCACACCCAGCACCCCCCUCCUUCAUCGCCAGUAUCGACCGCUCCUUCGGCGCCGCCUCAGGCCGGCAACAAGCGCAAGCGUGGAUCUGGGAGGCCCAAGAAUAACGGGGACAGAGCAUCGGACGACGAGGCGUCUGAGCAGGCCCGACAGGCCGCGGAUGCCAAAAAGCGCACGAAGACGCAACGCGCCUGUGACUCCUGCCGUACGCGUAAAAUCCGUUGCGACGUUAUACAGGAUACGGAACCGCCGGUGUGUCAACACUGCAAGCAGUAUGGCUUCGAGUGCACGUUCUUUUUGCCUAUCACGGAGACGCGUUUCAAGAAGAAAAAGACGGAGGAUGAGGUGCCCAAGCAGGAUGACCAUUCACACAAGCAGCAUGGGAGUUCCUCGCAGCCCCAGCGCGACGUUGGCAUUGUUGGUCUGACUCACGUUGCCCAUCUUUUGCAUUCUCAAGCCGCCAUUCCCUCUCGCGUAUACGAAAGCUACGAUCUGCGCUACAACCACUCCUUUGAGGUGUCUGCUACUGGCGAUGGUAUCAUCACGGUUCAGAAGCCUCCGACGGAUGAUUUCUCGAACGCGUCGAAGCCGAUGGACGUUCGCAUGGAACCCGAAGUCAUUGAGCGGCUCCUCAAUGCCUAUUUCACAGACGUUAGUUGGAUGCUCCCUGUCAUCACCAAGGAGGAAUUCCUGUCCCUCUCACCGACGCCGCCUAUACUGCUAUAUUCGAUGUGCCUCGUCGCCGCCGCUAAGCGCGAUGUGUCACAAUCAAUAUUCGACUCUCUACGCUAUACGGUCAACACCAUAAUCAAGGCCGAAGAUAUUCUCUCGACGCCCUCGCUCGUCAACGUGCAGGCGACACUAAUUUUGUGCAUGCUGGCCGACUGUCACUCGCAGUUCGUGCCAAGCGCGCUAUCAGCCCUGUGGAUCCGCCUCGGGGCUGCAAUCCGCAUGGCGCAGGACCUUGGUCUACACCGCGCCGAGUCUGUCAAGCAGAACAUCGAGAUGCGAAGACGUAUCUGGGGUGCUUGCGUAAUCAGCGAUCGAUGGAUCAGCCUGACCUAUGGUCACCCGUACAUGAUUGACGUGCAGGAUUGCGACGCGCGCCUGCCGUCGUCUGGUGACCCUAACGAUGUCUACAUGGACGAGCUCGUUCGGCUAAGCGUCAUUCUGGGGCGGAUUUUGAAGACGAUCUAUAGUCCAUCCGGUCUAACUCUCGUCACGGACGACAUGCUGCACGCCUUGCUGCAUGAUAUAGAAGCGUGGCGGGACGGGCUUCCGGAGAAGCUGAAGUACGUUGGGCCCCAGACGUCAAGGACGGCAGGCCUGCUGCACCUUUUGUACACGGCCGUGUGCAUGAUAUUCUGGCGCGUCUUCAUGAGAAUCAGUUACUCGUGUCCGUCCCACCUCAAGUUUGGGCUCACAGUGGAGCAGUGGACCAAGAUGGUGGUGCUCACUGGCAACGCGAUCGACUGGCUGGACGCCAACGAGAAUUACUACGACGUCUGGUUGCUUGUCGCCUAUUCUGCGACUUCUUGCGCGCUUGUGCAGUAUCACACUUGGGCGAGACGCAAAGACGCCGACGCUGCGGCGAAGUUGCGCAAGCUCAGAGAUACAGUCCGACGGUGGGAGGCUUGCCUAUCGCCUGACCACAUGUCCGCUAGACGCAAGACUGCGGAGAUCAUUGGCCUGCUUUAUGUGGCAACUCAGAGUCCUGCGAUGCCGAUGGAGCCUGCUGCACUGAAUCCGACUGGCGGUGUUACAGGAAAAGAGGCUCCCUCCCUCGACUUCCGCAAGGAUCCCACGCGUCCAGGAGGCGGUGUGUACGUUGCCCAAGGCGCUCGCGCUUCGGACUUCAAGGACCUCCCCGCCGGCACGGUCAUCAACGAGCUGGAUGGGGCGGCAGCGACGCCUUCAUCGGCUACGUCGACGGACAGGACGGAUCGCAACUUCACCUUCUCGCCGUCAUCGUUCGUGCCAACACUUCCCUCAAAUAACGCAGGCUUGUCUGCUCAGCAAAUGGACUACGCGUUGGGCGUUCCGUCUAACGUCAACCCUGCUAUGAAUGGUGCGGCGGUAGGAGGUCCGAGUGUUCAAGUGUUGAACACUUUGGAAGGUUCACCAUCUUCACUCGCGGAAUUCCAACAAGCGGAUUCCUUCUUGGACGGUCUGCCCGGUGGGAUGUUUGAUUGGGACCAAUGGGGCACGUUCUUCGCUCGUCUCAAUAACGAAGAUGCCGGCAUGGGCGGUGUUUUCCAGCCUCCGCCUGCUCAGGCGCAACCGCAGCUCCCGAAUCGGAUUGCUCCUAUGUAG